AUGCUUGACAAGAGAGCCACCUCGGGAGAUUCUACAUGGUCUAUCGGUGGAGCUAGAUGGGCAUUUUUCGCUAUCCUUUUCGUUCUUAUCCUAAUAGGAAUAUUUGGAACCUUGCGAGUCAACAAGAAAAGAUUUCAGCUGGGUUCCCAACCUCUCUAUGGGACAAGAUGGAUGACUCCUCCAUCAUACAGACAGUCACAAACACAAUAUGACCAACCUGUUAAUAUUAGAGACCCAGAUCUUCCUAGUACUUACGUCCCGACCUACACCGCUGAGGCCAAUGAAUACGAUAUGGGACAUUACGACCAAGCAGGCAAAUUCCACUCUAAUCCAAACGCGAGGGCCGCUCUGAUGGCGCCUCCACCAAGUGCUCAUCAAAGACAGAAUCCGGCUCACGGUGAUGCAAUUCCAAUCAGUUCUACAGUGCCGGUUGGAGCAUUGACAGAUGAGGAUGGCGAUAUUUCCAGUCCAGCGGGUCCUCCUCCAGACUUGGAAAGUGGCACUGGUGAGUCCAGCGAAAGUCUUGGUGAUUUCUCUAGACCACCAGGUCACGCUCCGCCAGAACACACCAGCACCAUUCCUGGGUCAUUAAAUCCUCCUUCCGACCCUCCUUGUGGUCAAUCUGAGGUACGGAAGGGCUCUUCCUCUUCAAGCAAGAUAGAAGCAUCCUCAAGUUUUUCAGAUGGCAUUAAUACGAAAGGUUCUGAUAAGGAUUAA